UUUAGUUUAAUUGCAAAAAACACUAGAAAUGCCCUCAUAUUUCUCAAUUAGAAAACUAAUAUUAUUUCAAUUAUUAGUAUUAAGUUUAUAUGAAGGGGUUGAGAGUCAACGAUGUGGUCGGGCCAGUGACUCGACACGAGUAGUAGGGGGCACGACAUCCCGACCCCUGCAGUGGCCAUGGAUGGCGUUACUCACUAUCAGACAGCGUAUGCCCUACUCUACACAACUGGUCAGAUGUGGUGGAAGUCUAAUCAGCGACGAAUGGGUCCUAACGGCCGCUCAUUGUGUGUCCGUCAAACCCGGGGCACAACUAACGGACAUUGAAGUGGUUUUGGGCGAAUACAACACACAAGUGCGGGAAUCAACUGAAGUCACCCGCCAUGUAUCACAAGUGUAUCUGGACUCAUACAGCGAAAACUCAAAUGAUAUCGCGUUAUUAAAACUGAAUCAAAAACUUGAUCUCAAAGGAGCGCACAAUUUCCUACAACCCAUUUGUUUGCCGACUAAUGGUCUGCAACCUAACGGCAACAGUUGUGUGGCCACCGGGUGGGGCAGUACUUCGGCUGGUGGAAGGUCUGCCAACACUUUACAAGAGGUUGGUCUACCGAUUGUGGACAACAACAUCUGUCAGUGGCGCUGGAGAUCGGCCUUCAAUCCGCAGAAACAGGUCUGUGCGGGAGUACUUCAGGGCGGUAAAGACACCUGUCAGGGUGAUAGUGGUGGGCCACUUAAUUGCCAGAUAGCCAAUGGCGCCUGGAUUCUGCAGGGGAUCACUUCAUUUGGCAGUGGAUGCGCUCAACCUAACAGCCCCGGAGUUUAUACAAAA